AUGAAGACUAAUUCCGUCGUGAUUGCCAUCACCACAGUGCUCGCAGGUUUCGCCUCGGCACAGAAUGGACUCCCAACCUGUGCACAAUCGUGUGUUACCCAGUACACGACGGGCUCUCAGAUCGCUGGUUGCACCAGUCUGGACAUCGCCUGCAUUUGCUCAAACUCUUCAUUUCUGAGUGGCAUCGCGUGUUGCUUGGCCGACGCUUGUGACGCCGAGGAUGAGCAGACUGCAGUUGCUUAUGCCCAAAAUCUAUGUAGAACUUCGGGCGUAACCAAUCUGCCAUCAGUAGUCUCGUGCGCAUCGUCCGCUAGCUCGACCUCGUCCGGCGCCGCAAGCAGUGCGACUGGAGCGACAGCCACAACAAGUUCAGGUUCAACUACAACUACGGGGACGGGCACAAGUUCAUCAAAUACAGCAACUGGAUCCUCGACGUCUGCGUCAGCUUCCGCCACAAGUAACGCGGGACUUCAAAACGAAAUUGGUGCUGGAGCUGGCUUGCUUGGUGGAUUGGCAGUAAUAGUCGGUUUGUUGUAA